AUGGAUUUCAUCAAGACAAGUUCCCUGCGUGCUCUGAUUGAGUUAAAUUUCCAACGCAACUGGAACGGCCUAAUUUGGAUGAGUAGAAAAGGAGUUAUAACUAAAAGAGUGGAGACUGUCCAGACGGCUCUAUCGAGAAAACAGCGCCCAACCGCGCAGUCCGGCUGGCCGAGAAACUAUUGUUUCGCGCUCGGCCAAACUCAUAUCCGCCCGUCUGAAGGCUCGGCCAAAGUUCGAAGUCGACCGGCCGACCACGUAACACGACCCGGGAAACAUUGUCCCGCGAUAAGAGAGAGGAUGGACUGUUUCUUUAUUGACAUGUCUCAACUAGACCUGAAUGAGGAGUCGGCUCAUAUGUAUCUCAAGCCCCUUGACAAGAAAAUUAAAGGGCUGGUUCACUCCGGGUUGCGUUCUGGCCGAGAUGGGACAUUUCGGUCGACCGGAGGGUAG